CGGUCGACAACCAGCAACAAUUUUAGUAGCACUUACGUAAUACAUCAGUCAAUAAUUUCAACAAACUAAUUUCUGAUCAGAUGUAUUUAUUAAAAUAUUUGUAUAAUUUUACAUGAAGAUAUAAUUCAUAUUGUGCUAUAUCAGUCGAUUUUUCAGUCUAAAGAUAGUUACCAAAAUGUACAUCUCGUAGAAACCUAAUCAGAAUUUCAAAAUGGCUACCCAUACAGCCGGAGAUCCGUUGGAAUGUUAUAGUAUCCCCCUGGUUCUACAGAAGGAUCCUGCUACAGACCCAGAUGGUAACACAGUGUUUGACAGGGAGGGAAAGCAACAGUUCAGAUGCGGGUUCAAGAUAGGUGGUGGCAUUGACCAAGACCCAACUAAAAGUCCCCAAGGAUACCCAGAUAAGGGUGUCUACAUUACCUAUAUCUAUGACAACAGCCCUGCUGCAAGGGCAGGUCUACAGAUCCAUGACAAAAUAUUACAGGUAAAUGGUCAUGACUACACAGUAGUGACACACAAGAAAGCCAUAGAUUACAUCCAGCGUAAAUCAACAUUGAACAUGCUGGUGUACCGCAAGGGGGUCCCGCAGAUGCAGCAGAAGGGGGGUCAGCCCCAGGGUCAGCAAUCUAAUCAGCAGUACCAACAACAGUACUCCCCCCAGGCUCAGUACUCACCCUACCAAUCAAACCAACCAGCACAGUACCAACGUACCUAUUAACCAACCACAUCUCUAAAUCAGAACUGAUUUCAAUUAUUUCAAAAACAGAGGAAAGAAAGAUGCAGACAAUUGGGAGUUUGGCAAUAUAAACUAAAAGUACAAUCUUGAGUUGUGUAUUUGUGUCAUUCUGAUUAGGCUAACACACAUCAAAGAUAUUUAAAGGUUCGGGUUCAAGAAGUCACGUUCAAAUUAUGCACAUCUC